AUGCUGCGGCGGUGCUGGGUCGCUCCAUGGCACCGGGGCGCGAGACCAGCUCCAUCCGGGCAGAGGAGGCUGAUCCCGGGGGCGAAGAACCAGGAUCCCGCGGGGGGGGAGAAGAACCAUAAGCACCAUGCCUCCACGGCCACCAGCACCAGCACCGGCAGCAGCUCCGUGGUGGAAAACAGGCCCAAACUAAAGACUCUGGAGGAUUUACACGGACCCUCGUUCAUGAACACGUUAUACUGGCUGUUUGUCAAAGGAUAUUUCCAACACGCGCAUCAGCUGCAGGUGGAGCACAGUCGGCUCUGGGGGCCUCUGUGGAAGUCCACGUUCGGCCCCCUGCUCCUGGUGAACGUGUCGAGUGCAGAGCUGAUCGAGGAGGUGCUGAGGCAGGAGGGACGCCACCCUGUUAGGACCGACAUGCCCCACUGGAGGAGCUACAGGGAGCUGAGGAACAAGGCCUACGGGCCCCUGACCGAGAUGGGGGAGAAGUGGCAGAGGAUCCGCAGUAUCCUGAACCCUCGCCUGCUGAAGCCCAAACACGUGUCGUCGUACACAGACACCAUAAACCUGGUGGUCACGGACUUCCUCCACAGAGUGCAGUGCCUCAGCCUGUCCUCCAGGGGGCAGCAGCCGGUGGUCCAUGACCUCGCCAAUGAGCUCUACAAGUUUGCUUUUGAAGGUAUUUGCUCGGUGCUGUUCGAGACCCGGAUGGGCUGCAUGUUGGAGCAGAUCCCAGAGGACACCCAACACUUCAUCUUCUCUGUGGGGGAAAUGUUCCGACUCUCUCAGCUGCUCAUCAUCUUCCCCCGCUCCCUCUGGCCCUAUCUGCCCGUCUACAGGAAGUUUGUGGCCUCCUGGGAUUACCUCUUCAAGAUGGGAGACGAGCUGAUCCAGAAGAAGGUGCAGGAGCUGGAGCAGCAGGUGGAGUCUGAGCAGGAGGUGGACGGAGCAUACCUCACUCACCUCCUGCUGAGCGACACCAUGAGUGUGGAGGAGAUCCUGGGCAGCAUCACAGAGCUGCUGCUGGCCGGGGUCGACACGACUUCCAACACCAUCUGCUGGACUCUGUACCAUUUGGCCCGAGAGCCACAGAUCCAGGAGCAGCUGUUCCAGGAGGUGAGCCGCGUCUGCCCUGGAGGCAGAGUACCGACCAGCGAGGACAUGACCAGCAUGCCCUUCAUGAAGGCCGUGAUCAGAGAGACACUGCGGAUGUAUCCUGUUGUUCCUGGAAACGCUCGCAUUUCUUACGCCAAAGAAAUCGUCGUUGGAAAUCAUCUGUUUCCCAAAGAUACUCUUUUCCACCUGUGUCACUACGCCGCUUCCUACGACGAGGCCGUGUUCUCCAGCCCUCACUGCUUCAGGCCCCAGCGCUGGCUCCGUGGCUCCGAGCAGAAGGCCCUCAUGCACCCGUUUGGAUCUAUCCCCUUCGGCUUCGGCACCAGGGCCUGUCUGGGGCGGCGCGUGGCGGAGCUCGAGAUGUACCUGCUGCUCACCAGAUUGAUCCAGCGUUUCGAGCUGCGUCCGGACCCCUCUGGCUCCGAGGUGAAGCCCAUCACCCGCACCCUGCUCUGCCCCGAAAAACCAAUCCACCUGCAGUUCAUUGAGCGACCAGCAGAGGCAGCGGCGAGCACAUAG